AUGCGCCGUACACAAACACCAACCCAAGAUCUGUCGACACCUCCUCACCCACCUCAUCACUCACCAACAUCACCAACAAAAUCAAUCGAAAUAAAUCAUCCAUCACCAGCGAAAGAAAAUCAAGCUGAACCACAACAAAUAACUAUCAAUGCAACAUCAUCAGUAGAAACAACAACUGAACAACCAGCUAUUGAAGCUAAUGCCACUGCUAGUGUUACUGCGACUACCACAACUACGUCUGCUCCUACUCCAGCACCACCAGUUGAACCUGAAGUUGAAUGGACAACAUUAAAUAUUGACGGACGAGAAUUUCAUGUUCCAAAAGCACUAGAUAUAGAUCCAUCAUUUUUAGUUGCAUUACCCGAAGAAUUUCGACAAGAAAUUUUAACUGAUCAAAUACGAAAUUUUGAACGCGAAGAAAAUCUACGACGUGCUGCCGCUGCUAAUCCAACGGUAAAUUUAAAUUCUCAAUUAAAUGAUGCUACAAAUAAUGAUAAUUUUGCUGCAAGAGCGAAUCAAGCAACAAGCGAAGCUGUUAUUGGUGAAAUUCUUGGUAAAAACAAUUUAGGAUUUAUUUCUGCUCUACCAGCUGAAUUUAUACGUACAUUACAACCACAUUUACGUCAACAAGUUCUUGCUGAUAUGGAUCAAAGUCAAAUAGGUGCUUUACCAGAACAUAUGGCUAAUGAAGCACGUACAUUACGUGCCAAUAUGGAAACUCAACAACAACAAUAUUUAUGCGAACGUAUGUACCGUCCAAUACGUACGGAUAAUUCACGUGCAUUACAAAAAGCUCGAGGUAAUCGUACCGAUCGACAGCCACCAAGUUGGUAUACAUUACGUACAGGAACAAAUGCAGGUGACCUUAAUAGUAAUAUAUCAACAAUCAGGUCACGUGAUAGACAAUUACUUGAUUAUGAAUCAAUAUGCUGUUUACUUGUUUUAUUAUUUAUUGAUGAUAAACGUUUGAUUUUUUCACGUUUACAAAAAGUUCUAAAAAAUUGA